AUGGUUUGCUGUGUCUUUGGCUGUACAAAUUCGCACACAACCAGCGCUUGUGAAUUUUACAAAUUUCCUAAACAUAAGCACAAAGAAGAUCAAAAGAAACUGUGGAUUGCUGCUGUACAGCGGAACCACCCCGAUGGAUCAAACUGGAUAUUAAAACCAAGUCAUGUUAUCUGCAGCCAGCAUUUUAUUGGAAAUAGGAAGUCAGAUUCUGUUUUAAGCCCUAGCUAUGUUCCUACUGUAUUUUCUUUGAAACAUCGCAACAAAAUUGAUGAAAAACAAGCUUUAAGCAGACAUGCUCGUUUUAUGAAACGCAGAAUGGCUGAUCAAUCAAAUGAAUUGAAUGUGGAAAAACCUCGCAGACAAUUAAAGCAACAAAAAGAACGUAUCAAUGGUUAUGAAAAUGGAAAUCAACAAAAUGAAAUUAUCAAUUAUGGAGAAAAUAGUGCAUUUGAUCGAAGUGUUAUUGUAGGAAAAGAAAAUGUGGACCAAGAAUGUCAAGUAGAAAUACUUCAUUUAAAUGAUUUUAAUACAUCGAAUUCUUUUACUUGUGUUAAAUAUAUUUAUAGCGAUAAGAAUUACUGUGACGCUGAAAUUCAAACAGAUUUAACAUCUUUGAAUACUAUUGAAAUUGUAGGGAAAAAAGUAAAAUAUCAAUGUGUAGGCACACCUUCAAAAAGUGCUUGUGAUGAAGAAGUAUCUUGUAAUUUGGAGAAGGAAAAUAGAAAGUUUUGUGGUUAUGAAUCAAUUAUUAAUGAAAAGCAACUAAAACAGACUGCAGGAGUGACAAAGGAAAAUUUUGAAUUUUUGUUGAAAAGGGCUAAAUCAGCUGUAAAUGAAAACAGAUGUACUGUGUCGCUAAAAAAUAGAUUGUUCAUUUUUUUAAUUUUGAUGAAAACAGGUUUAACAUUUUCUACACUGAGUGUAUUUUUUGCUGUAAAUGAGACAACCAUUUCAAAAAUAUUUUAUUCAAUGCUGCAUCAUUUAGCUGCAGUUACAGCAAAUUUAGUGUUUUGGCCUGACAAAUAUGUAGUGCAAAGAACAAUGCCAGAUUGUUUCAAGCCAGAGUAUGCAAACACUCGAGUUAUAAUAGAUUGCACGGAGUUUAAAAUUGAAAUACCUAGUGGUGUAAAUAAUAAAGUCUUCACUUAUUCUCAUUAUAAAAAAGGAUUUACAGCAAAAGUUCUCAUUGGAAUUGCUCCAUGUGGGUGGAUUAGUUUCAAAUCUAAAGUAGCCGGAGGAAGAAAAACAGAUUCUAACAUAACAAUAGAAUCAAAGUGUGUAGAUUUACUUGAGGAUGGAGAUGAAGUUUUAGCAGAUAAAGGAUUUCCAGAAAUUAAAGCAAAAAUUGAUGCAUCAGGCAAAAAAGUAUUGUUUGUUAUGCCACCGUUCUUAGAGAAAAAAAAUGAGUUCAGUGAAAAAGAAACAAGUUUAACAUACAGCGUAGCAAGAGUUCGUAUCCACGUCGAAAGAAUUAUGCAACGGUUGAGAACAUACAAAAUUUUACAAUUUAUACCGGAGCAUUUGUUUUCAAGUAUCGAUGAUCUACUCCAAAUGUGCUGUGUAUUAGUAAAUCUUCAGACUCCAAUAAUUGCAGGAAUAAAUAUUGAAUAA